AAUGCUAAGUUACUUUUUAAAAUUAUUGAAUUGUCGAUCAACUUCGUUGGUAAACUAGUAAGCGAUCAGUUAAUAUAAAAAGUACGCGAACAGUUCUCUCCAUCACAAUUCUCUCAGCUCUCUUCGAAUUCAUCGAACCUCCCAAUGCAAAUUCUGCUGUAAUUUUACGAUAAAGCAACAAAGAAGAACAUUCAUCGAAGAGGAUACAGUGCUUAGCAUAAAAGGCUUUCAAAAUGCAAGCUUCAACUUUCACAGUCAAAGGCAACACAGCAUUUGGCCUUCAAAAUCGAAGGAUUUUGCAAGGGGUUAGUGAUUUGCGUAGUAGGACUUUAGCUGGUAAAAGUCUUCGGAUGACGGGCAGUUGCUUCGGAGUAAGUAUGGAUUCUGCUUCAAUGGGAAUCGAACUUGGCCGUGCUAGGAGGACUGUUCAAAGUGUCUUCGGUUCGUCCGCGAAGGCCAGAUCACACAGAGUUCGAGCUGCUGGAGAGGAUAUUGAGGAUGCAGCACCUCUCAAAGUUCAAGGCCAAUCAUCUGGAUCAGUACUUCCCUAUGUGGGUGUAGCUUGUCUGGCAGCAAUUUUAUUUGGAUAUCACCUAGGGGUGGUGAAUGGUGCCCUUGAGUACCUAGCUAAGGAUCUUGGGAUUGCCGAGAACACUGUUAUACAAGGAUGGAUUGUUAGCACAGUUCUUGCUGGUGCCUUUGUUGGUUCAUUUACUGGUGGAGCUCUGGCUGAUAAAUUUGGCCGAACAAAGACAUUUAUAUUGGAUGCAAUUCCACUUUCAGUUGGUGCGUUUCUAUGUACCACUGCCCAGAGUGUUCAGGCUAUGAUCAUUGGACGCUUACUUACUGGAAUUGGCAUUGGCAUCUCAUCUGCUAUUGUGCCACUUUACAUAUCUGAGAUCUCACCCACGGAAAUUCGCGGCACACUGGGAACGGUCAAUCAGCUAUUCAUUUGCAUUGGAAUUCUUGUUGCACUAGUGGCUGGAUUGCCUUUGUCUGGAAAUCCUUCAUGGUGGAGAACAAUGUUUGGUCUCGCACUUAUUCCAUCUGUUUUACUUGCAAUAGGAAUGGUAUUUUCUCCCGAAAGUCCUCGGUGGCUCUAUCAGCAAGGGAGAAUAUCUGAAGCUGAGACAUCUAUUAAAAGGCUAUAUGGUAAAGAAAAAGUUGCUGAGGUUAUGGGUGAUUUGGAAGCUUCUGCCCAGGGUUCUUCAGAACCAGAUGCUGGGUGGCUUGAUCUAUUUAGUAGCCGUUAUAGGAAAGUUGUUAGCAUUGGUGCAGCUAUGUUCUUUUUGCAGCAGUUGGCUGGGAUAAAUGCAGUUGUCUAUUAUUCCACUGCCGUGUUCCGAAGCGCUGGAAUUACAUCUGAUGUAGCAGCCAGUGCUCUGGUUGGAGCAGCCAACGUCUUUGGGACAACGGUGGCAUCCUCUUUGAUGGACAAACAAGGAAGGAAGAGUCUCUUGCUCAUAAGCUAUACUGGAAUGGCUGCAUCAAUGAUGUUGCUUUCCUUGUCAUUCACUUGGAAGGUCCUGACUCCAUAUUCUGGCACACUGGCUGUUCUUGGUACUGUCCUCUAUGUGUUGUCCUUUUCACUUGGUGCUGGUCCUGUGCCUGCUCUUCUACUUCCAGAAAUAUUUGCUUCCAGAAUUAGGGCAAAAGCAGUGGCUCUCUCUUUGGGGGUACAUUGGAUAAUGAACUUCUUUAUUGGCCUGUACUUCUUGAGCAUUGUAACUAAAUUUGGUAUCAGUACGGUGUACAUGGGAUUUGCACUCUCUUGUCUUGUUGCUGUCGUAUAUAUAACUGGUAACGUCGUGGAGACAAAGGGGCGGUCACUGGAGGAGAUAGAACGUGAGUUAAGUCCAGCAAUUUGAGUGGUACCGCAUGAACAGCUGAGAGUAAUUUCAGCUUCCGCCUUCCAGUGGGUCUGGAUUUUGAAGAGAUUCUCCGGGUCCUGACUGGAGUUGUAUCACUUACCUUCAGCUAUCUCUUUGAUUUUCUUACACACCGGCUUCAUGAAUCAUGGGACAUUGUAAAAACAUGCAACUGUUAUGGAAGAUGAUCCGCGUAUAAUUGAGUAUUUCGGAACUCAUCUUCAGCUGUUAAUUAUUAUGGAAUGCAGUUAAACCGUAGGUGUGCAAGAUGAUAAUCAUGUAUUUAUCACUUCCAUCUACCCGUAUGAAUUGGUAAUUAA